AUGAACCAGAUCAAGGCAAUACAAGCUUUGAACAAGCAAGAAAUAGAGAAUGGAAUCUCCCCAGAAGCCUCCUGGCACGUCGACUACCGCGAUACGGCCUUUAUCUACUUUGGCGGCCUUCCCUACGAAAUGUCCGAGGGCGACGUGAUCACAAUCUUUUCCCAGUUUGGUGAGCCCGUGUGGCUGAAGCUUGCACGCGACAAGGAGACGGGCAAGGCCAAGGGGUUCGGUUGGCUCAAGUACGAGGACCAGCGCAGCACCGACCUCGCCGUGGACAAUCUCGGCGGCGCAACAAUUGGCAGUCGCAUGGUGCGUGUAGACCAUGCGCGGUACAAGUUCCGGGACGACGAAGACCCUGACGAGGGUAAGGUUGAUUGGGCCACAAUGACGAAACGGGAGAGUGGUGGUGGGGGAGACGACACGGAAGACGAAGAAGACGAGGAGGCCGAACAGAGGCCCAUGCUACCUGAAGAGAGAGAGCUUGCCCUUCUCGUUCGCGACCACGACGAGGACGAUCCAAUGAAAGCUUUCCUGAUCGAAGAGAAGAAGAAAGAGGUCGAGGAAGCAGUGCGCGAGCACGAAAGGUCGGAAAGGAAGAAGAAACACAAGCAUCGACAUCGGUCGCACCGGUCUAGGCGAGAACAUAGCGACGAGGAGAUGCGCGACACAGAACGAGAUGAUAGGCACCGCAGUCGAAGGUCAAGACGCGACGAGUCUCCGUCAGCCAAGGACAGAACGAAAGACUCCCGCCGUGAGGGACGAAGAGAUGGUGGCUCUCCGCAUCGCGAGCCACGCAGAGAAACGGCCCGAGUUGACAGAGAGCAAGACACUAGGGACCAAUCGAGAGAUCGGCGGCAUCGUGGCAAGGAGGAUGACCGGGCGAGGCGAGAACGACGACGCCAUGAUGACGAUGAGCCGCGACGAAGAAGGCAUAAGGACGACAAAGAUGACGAUCGUAGCAAAAGGCGCAGUCGCUCACGUUCGCCUCGGCCGAGAAGAUAG